AUGAAAAUGCCCGGGUUCAAUUUCGACGUCAGCCCUCUUCUCGCUGUGUCGUUGGGGCUUGCAAUUGUUCUAUACAUCACCUACAGCCUCUACCUGGCCGCUCUGCCCAAGCCCAUACCCGGAAUCCCAUACAACAAAGAGUCCGCCAACAGGCUUUCUGGAGACAUACCACUUCUAGCAGAGGCGCGAUACCGUCGCCGGUGGGCAUGGGCCCAGCCUCGCGAGCAUGGGGCCCCGUUGUCUCAAAUCUUCAUGUUUCCUUUCCGCGCUCCGACAGUCGUGGUGUCCGACUACCGCGAAGUCGUCGACAUUCUCGCUCGUCGAUCCAAGGAGUUUGAUAGAGGGACUAGGACUAAGGAGUGUAUCGGCUUCGUGGCCCCGAGUUUCCACUUCACGAUGGAAACUUCAGAUCCGCGGUUCAAAUCCAACAAGAAGUUGAUUCGCGACCUCAUGACGCCAAAGUUUCUUAACAAUGUCUCGGCGCCUCGGAUAUAUGACAAGGCUCUUGCACUUGUUACCCUAUGGAAGCUGAAGGCAUCAAAAGCCCACGGAAGGCCAUUCUUCGCCACCGAAGACCUCUACUCGGCCACUCUCGACAUGAUAUGCGUCGCCGCCUUUGGCAUGGAGAAUGCAAAGUCCGCUCUUCGACAGGAGAUUGCUCAUGUGCAAGCGACCAACCCAACCUUUCCUGACAGCGAAGAUGGCCCUGCGGAGUUCCCAAGCGCCCCGACUAUCCCUGAGCUGGAUGCCCUCUUCGAUGGUCCAAAGAUGGUGUCGAUAGCCCAGGGCAGCCCGUUUCCCUACAUUGCGCAGUUCCUCGCUCUGCUCACCCCACAACACGCGCGGGCUCAUUGGAACAGGAAGACCUUGAUCAUGGGACAGAUAGAUCGGAGUCUGCAGAGACUCAUCCAACAUGGCGCGGAAGGAUGCGAAAGUGCCCUCGACCACCUCUUGUUGCGGGAGAUGAAUGCUGCGAAAGAAGCUGACCGACUACCGGACUACUACUCCUCUACCAUUCGAGAUGAGAUCCUUGGAUAUCUUGUUGCCGGUCACGACACCUCAGCCGCCACCCUGUCAUGGUGGGUGAAAUACAUGGCGGCCUACCAGUCCGUCCAAGCUCGACUUCGCGAUGCCCUGCGACAGGCUCACUUUGAAGCCUAUCGAGACUCUCGGUUCCCAACAAUGAAGGAGAUUUGCGACUCGCCGGUGCCUUACUUGGACGCCGUCAUCGAAGAGACGCUGCGUCACUCCGCCGUGGCGGCACUCAUUGUCCGAACAAGCACUUGCGAUACCCAAAUCCUGGGAUACCACAUCCCAAAGGGCACAGAUAUCUUGCUAGCGCUCGCCGGCCCAUCCAUGACCGAACCAGCUUUGCCCGUGCCCGAAUCGGACCGUUCUCCAGAGUCACAAGAGUCUAGAGACCAGAUCCCUUAUUGGGGAGACGAUGUGACCGAGUAUAAGCCGGAGCGAUGGCUCAAGCAGGUCAAGAAUGCGGACGGGAGCGAUGAGGAAGUCUUUGACCCGUAUGCCGGGCCUACUUUAGCUUUCUCGGCUGGACCUAGGCAAUGCUUUGGGAAGAGGCUGGCGUACAUGAAGCUGCGGACGGUGAUGACCUUGCUGAUGUGGAACUUUGAGUUCCAGCCGCUGCUGGAGGAGUUGAACACGCCGGACCUCAUUGAGAUAUUGGUAAACCUGCCGGAAGACUGCUAUGUCAAGCUUGCGAAGGCAUAG